AUGUUUAAUUUCUUCCGUCGGGGCUACAAGAGACCUCUUGUUGAAACAGACUUGUAUGACGUUCUGCCUGACGACUCCGCUGUUUUUGUGGUCGGUAAACUCGAGAGGGAGUGGAAUAAAGAAAUUAAGAAAAGUGAAGCCACUGGAAAGGCUCCGUCUCUUCGAUGGGCGUUGGUUAGAGCUUUUGGCUGGUAUUCCACAACACACGGCUUUCCUGCAUUCAUUGAGGAGGUCGUCUUGAAGAUGGCGCAGCCAGUGAUGCUGAGUCGUCUGGUUCUGUAUUUCUCCACGGAUCUCGUGUCGACCACGGAAGCCUACUUGCAAGCAUUGGGCAUGUCCUUGUCUUCCCUCCUCAUGGUUAUCACCCACCAUGCCUGCUACUUCAGCUAUGGGAUCACAGGAAUGAGGCUAAGGACGUCCUGCUCAGGUCUCAUCUUCAGAAAGGCCUUAAGACUCAGCAACCUAGCUUUGGGAGAAACGACAAUCGGUCAACUGGUCAACAUCUUAUCCAAUGACGUCAACAGAUUCGAUUUGGUCGCCGUGUUCAUCCACUACCUCUGGAUAGCUCCUCUACAGCUGACUGCUGUGGUCGCCCUAGCAUGGAGAGAGAUCGGAGUGUCUUGCCUCGCCGGGAUCUCCAUUUUGAUCUUCAUGGCACCCCUGCAAGGUUACAUGGCGAAACUAUGUUCCAAAUUUAGAUCCAAAACGGCCUUGUUGUCGGAUGCAAGGAUCCGCAUCAUGAAUGAAGUGAUAUCUGGCAUACGCGUCAUCAAAAUAUACGCGUGGGAACACUCGUUUGGAAAACUUGUCGCCGAAAGCCGAGAAAAGGAGGUACGGAAAAUUUUGCACAGUGCCUAUUUGCGCGCAAUAAUUGGAGCCCUCCGGUUCGACGUCCCUCUAUUGACGACAUUCAUCACAUUCAUCGUCUACGCCUCUCUGGGAAAUCCCGUCACGCCUUCUAAGGUCUUCCCCGUCCUCGCACUGUUCUACAGCGCCAGGACUUGCCUGUCCAAAAAUUUCCCAAGCGGGGUCAUGUACUUGUCAGAGGGACUCGUCUCCAUUCGAAGGAUUCAGAUGUUUUUGCUGAUGGAGGAGCUGCAGAGACAGGCAAAUGAGCCUAAUACGGACAUCAUUGAUAAUAUUUUCCUGGAAGAGCAAACGGCCUUAUUGGAAAAGAUCAAAACAGAUGGUUUUCUUGGGAACGAAUUGGACAUCUCAGAGCAUUCAGAGAGCGCGCAAACAGAGAGAACGAGUAGUCUAAUGAGUCUGUGGACAAUGGACAUCAGGAACACAGUGCUACAAGACGUCACUUUCCGAAUUCAACCAGGGGAGUUGCUUGCCGUCAUUGGGCCCGUUGGGUGUGGCAAGUCUUCGCUUCUGAUGUCCCUUCUGGGAGAGAUGCCUACUGUAUCAGGAGUUAACGUCUUGAAUGGUCGGGUUGGCUACACGGCUCAACAGCCCUGGAUCCUUUCUGGCUCGCUAAGGGACAACAUCCUCUUCGGCAACGAAUACCAGCCGGCCAAGUACCAACGAAUCAUCACACAGUGUGCGCUAACCAGGGAUAUCGAACUGCUUCCUGAAGGUGACCUGACGCUGGUUGGUGAGCGUGGUGUGACCCUUAGUGGAGGUCAGAGGGCAAGGGUUAGCCUCGCCAGGGCCCUGUACAGCGAUGUCGAUGUGUAUCUACUUGAUGAUCCUCUGAGUGCAGUAGAUCCAGCAGUUGGUAGACACCUCUUUGAAAAGUGCAUUCUCCAUGAAAUGAGGGACAAAGCUGUGAUCCUUGUCACCCAUCAGCUUCAAUUCAUUGACAAGGCGGACAAGAUUCUCAUUCUUAAGGAGGGUAAGGUGGCUGGAUACGGAACCUUCCAAGAGCUGCAGGAAGACGGCAUGGACUUCGCUGCCCUUUUGAAGAAGAAAUCUGUAGAUGGUGAUUACGAUGGAGAGAAUGAUGUAAAUCCUGAACGACUUGACGACACGGUGUCCAUCUGUUCCGAUGUCUCGUUUCACCCCGACAGUCAUGAGGUUGAGACACCUGUUGAUGUCGUCCUUGAGGAUAUGGCGGCCGGCACUGUGGAGUGGAUGGCGUACAUCCGGUUCUUCAGAGCGGCUGCUGGGGUACCCUUUCUGCUCUUCUGGGUCAUUGUUGUAGUCGGUGCACAGGCAUUGCUUUCUUACACGAAUGUCUGGCUAGCGAUGUGGACAAUCGAAGAAGAGAAGGAUCUAGUGGACAGAAAUGUUACCAGUCAGUAUUAUCAGGACGGCACGGAGUACGAGGACCGGUCAUACUACAUAAGCAUAUACGCCAUCUUGUGUGGAGCUACCACCGCCGCCUUGUUUCUUCGGGCCUUUCUGUUCUUCCAUGUCUUUGUUACCGCCUCAAAGGCCCUACACAACCAGAUGUUUGGCGCUAUCAUCAGAGCGCCCAUGCAGUUUUUUGAUACAAAUCCUGUGGGUCGGAUUCUGAAUCGCUUUGCUAAAGAUAUUGGCUACAUGGAUGACGUUUUGCCAUCUACAUUCACCGAAUUCCUUGAGAUUUCUUUAAGUGCCAUUGCCAAUGUCAUCCUGAUCUCCAUCUUCAACCCUUUUUGCCUCGUUUUCACAUUGCCGAUCGGAGUCGUCUUUCAGUUCACGAGGAAGUACUACCUAGCCUCCUCUCGAGACGUUAAAAGAUUGGAAGCAAUAGCUCGCAGUCCAGUAUUCUCCCACCUGUCAGCCACCCUGACUGGUCUUAGUACCGUCCGCGCCUUCAAGGCUCAGCAGCGAUUCACCGAGGACUUUGACGGGUACCUGGACGGCCACACUAGGGCCUGGUUCCUAUUCCUGUCCGCGGCUCGAUGGUUCGGUGUUCAGCUGGAUUUCUUGUGUGUGUUAUUUGUCACCGGAGUCAGUUUGGCAUGCGUCUUUGCCGCAGAUCUUCUUGAUCUCAACUCUGGCAUUGUCGGUCUCUCAUUGACGUAUGCGAUGGGUCUCAUGGGGGAGUUCCAGUGGGCGGUGCGACAGAGUGCAGAGUUAGAAAACCAGAUGAUAUCUGUAGAGCGUGUUUGUGAGUACAUCGAUAUCAAACCGGAGGCACCGUUGCAAACCGAUCACAAGCCACCUUCAGACUGGCCUCAAUGUGGCGGCAUUACGCUCCAAGAUGUCUCUCUGAGAUACAGUGAUGAUGGGCCACUGGUACUACGCGAAAUUAACUGCGUCAUCAAGCCAAAUGAGAAGGUGGGCAUCGUAGGCCGGACAGGAGCCGGCAAAAGUUCCCUGAUGACAGUGUUGAUGAGACUGGCUGAGCCCACAGGUACCGUAAUGAUAGACGGUAUCAACACAGGCCUGAUAGGACUGCAUGACCUCCGCAAGAAAGUCUCAUUCAUCCCACAGGACCCGGUUCUAUUCAGCGGAACACUUCGCAAGAACCUGGAUCCUUUCAGUGAACACUCGGAUUCUGAUAUAUGGAGGGCUGUUGAAGAGGUUGAGUUGAAACCAGCGAUUGAGGAGCUACCGGACAAGUUGGAGGCAGUCUUGACCGAGGGAGGCACUAAUUUCAGUGUGGGUCAGAGGCAGCUACUGUGCCUGGCUAGGGCUAUCCUACGCAAGAACAAGAUCCUCAUAGUGGACGAAGCCACAGCCAACGUGGACAUCAGAACUGACCGCUUGAUUCAGGCAACCAUCAGACGGCGGUUCAAACACUGCACAGUUCUGACAAUAGCUCAUCGUCUCAACACAAUAAUGGACUUGGACAAAGUUAUGGUGCUUGACGCAGGGCAGCUCAUCGAGUUUGACGAGCCUUACGUUCUGCUUCAGACGAAAGACAGUAUCUUCAGCAAGAUGGUGCAAGAGACCGGCAAGGCAGAGGCAGCCAAACUCCUGCAGAUCGCCAAAAAGACCUCAUCGACACUGAAGACGUUGACGAACCUAUCUACCUCUUAACCUUUACCAAUAAGGAGUAUCUUUUUCGGCUGGGACGGGCUACAAAUUCCCAAAAUAUAAUAUUGUGUUCAAAACAA